AUGAGUGAAGGAACAGUUAAAGAAAACAAUAAUGCGGACUUCAAUGCUUACCACACGCUUACUGCAGAAGAAGCGGCUGAAUUCAUAGGCACAAGUCUAACUGAAGGUCUCACUCAAGAUGAAUGCGUUCAGAGAAUUAAAACAGUGGGUGAGAAUACGUUGGGUGAUGAUACCAAGAUUGACUAUAAGGCAAUGAUCCUUCAUCAGGUUUGCAAUGCCAUGAUUAUGGUCCUGCUAAUAUCCAUGGUCAUCUCUUUUGCCAUGCACGACUGGAUUACUGGUGGUGUUAUUUCUUUUGUUGUCGGGGUUAACGUCGGUAUCGGUCUAGUUCAAGAAUAUAAGGCUACAAAAACGAUGAACUCCUUGAAAAACCUGAGCUCCCCUAGUGCUCAUGUUAUCCGAAAUGGCGAGAGUGAAAACAUAAACUCAAAAAAUGUCGUUCCAGGUGAUAUUUGUCUCGUUAAGGUUGGUGACACCAUUCCUGCUGAUUUACGUUUGAUUGAAACUAAAAAUUUUGAUACUGAUGAAUCUUUGUUGACAGGUGAGUCCUUACCAGUCUCUAAAGAUGCUACUUUAGUUUUCGGCAAGGAUGAAGAAACCUCCGUAGGUGAUCGUUUGAAUUUGGCGUUCUCUUCAUCUACUGUUGUUAAGGGAAGAGCUAAAGGUAUUGUCAUCAAGACAGCUUUGAACAGUGAAAUUGGUAAAAUCGCAAAAUCCUUGCAAGGUGGCGCAGGUCUUGUUUCUCAUGAUCCCAGUAAAUCGUGCUUACAGAAUGCAUGGAUAUCCGCAAAGAAUAUUACCGGGGCAUUUUUAGGUACGAAUGUUGGCACACCCUUGCAUAGAAAACUAUCCAAACUGGCAGUACUUCUUUUUUGGAUUGCGGUACUUUUCGCAAUCAUUGUGAUGGCUUCUCAAAAGUUCAAUGUGGAUAAGGGUGUAGCUAUAUAUGCCAUCUGCGUUGCCCUAUCUAUGAUACCCUCGUCAUUAGUCGUUGUCUUGACCAUCACCAUGUCCGUUGGGGCAGCCGUUAUGGUGUCUAGAAAUGUUAUUGUGAGAAAAUUGGAUUCCUUGGAAGCUUUAGGUGCCGUUAAUGACAUCUGUUCUGAUAAGACCGGUACUCUUACACAGGGCAAAAUGCUAGCAAGACAAAUUUGGAUUCCUUGCUUUGGUACUAUAACUAUCUCAAACUCCAGCAAUCCCUUUGAUCCUAAUGAAGGUGAUGUAAAUCUGAUUCCAAGGCUGUCACCUUAUGAAUACUCUCACAAUGAAGAUGGUGACGUUGGAAUCCUUCAAAAUUUUAAGGAACGCCUGUAUGAAAAGGACUUACCAAAAGACAUUGACAUGGAGCUAUUCCAAAAUUGGCUUGAAACCGCCACUUUGGCCAACAUCGCAACCGUCUUCAAAGAUGACGCAACAGAUACCUGGAAGGCACAUGGUGAUCCUACGGAAAUUGCAAUUCAAGUAUUCGCUACCAAGAUGGACUUACCGCGUAAUGCCCUUACCGGAGAAAAAUCAACUAAUCAAAGCGAUGGGGUUGAUCAACCCUUAGUUUUACACAACGAGAAAACUGGUAAUGCCCAAUUCGAACAUAUUGCUGAAUUUCCGUUUGAUUCGACUGUAAAGAGAAUGUCUUCUGUCUAUCUCAAUAAUUAUAAGGAAACCUACAACGUUUACGGUAAAGGUGCUUUCGAAAGCAUUAUCAGCUGCUGUAGCUCCUGGUACGGUGAGGAUGGAGCAAAAAUUGUACCAUUAACAGAUUAUGAUAUUGAGACCAUAAGGAAAAAUGUUUAUAGUUUAUCCAAUGAAGGUUUAAGAGUUCUAGGUUUUGCUUCCAAAUCUUACACCAAAGAUCAAUUAAGUGAUGGUCAAUUAGCAACUAUCACUUCGAACAGAAAUGCUGCAGAGACUGACCUUGUGUUUUUGGGUUUAAUUGGUAUCUACGAUCCACCAAGAAAUGAGACUGCUGGUGCUGUGAAAAAGUUCCAUCAAGCAGGUAUCAAUGUUCAUAUGUUGACGGGUGACUUUGUCGGUACAGCUAAAGCUAUUGCCCAAGAAGUUGGUAUUUUACCCAUAAAUUUGUACCAUUAUCCUCAAGAGAUUGUCGACAGUAUGGUCAUGACAGGAUCUCAAUUUGACGGAUUAAGUGAAAAGGAAGUGGAUGAUUUGCCUGUUCUACCCCUAGUUAUUGCACGCUGCUCUCCUCAAACUAAAGUUAGAAUGAUCGAAGCCUUACACCGCAGGAAGAAAUUUUGUGCAAUGACAGGUGAUGGUGUUAACGAUUCCCCAUCAUUGAAAUUGGCAAAUGUUGGUAUCGCAAUGGGUAUCAAUGGUUCAGAUGUCUCCAAAGAGGCAUCUGAUAUUGUUUUGAGUGAUGAUAAUUUUGCUUCCAUUUUAAAUGCUGUCGAAGAAGGUCGUAGAAUGACAGAUAAUAUUCAGAAAUUUGUUUUACAACUGUUGGCAGAGAAUGUUGCGCAGGCAUUGUAUCUGAUCAUAGGUUUGGUAUUCAGAGAUGAACACGGUAAGUCAGUAUUUCCCUUGUCUCCAGUGGAAGUACUAUGGAUUAUUGUUGUCACGUCCUGUUUCCCCGCAAUGGGACUUGGUUUAGAGAAGGCAGCUCCAGAUUUGAUGGAUAGGCCUCCUAAUGAUUCAGAAGUUGGUAUUUUUACAUGGGAAGUCAUUAUCGACACGUUUGCAUAUGGAUUUUUAAUGGCAGGAUCUUGUAUGGCUGCGUUCACAGGAUCUCUUUAUGGAAUAAAUAAGGGUGGACUGGGCCAUAAUUGUGACGGAUCCUAUAGUGAUAGUUGUCGUGAUGUUUAUAGAUCGCGUUCGGCAGCUUUCGCGACUAUGACAUGGUGUGCUUUAAUUUUGGCCUGGGAAGUGGUUGAUAUGAGAAGAUCAUUUUUUAGAAUGCAUCCAGAUACUGAUAGCCCGGUCAAAGAAUUUUUUAAGGGCAUUUGGGGGAACCAGUUUUUAUUCUGGUCGAUUAUGUUUGGGUUUGUCUCAGCUUUCCCAGUCGUUUACAUUCCAGUCAUUAAUGAUAAAGUAUUUUUGCAUAAACCGAUUGGUGCUGAAUGGGGCCUCGCCAUUGCGUUCACGAUAGCAUUCUGGAUAGGAGCUGAACUUUACAAGUGUGGAAAGAGACGCUAUUUUAAGACCCAAAGGGCCCAUAACCCAGAAAGUGAUUUGGAGCGUAACAAUAAGCGCGAUCCAUUUGAAGCCUACAGCACAUGCACAACGAUUCAGACUGAAGUCAAUAUCGGUAUCAAGCAAUAA